AGUCUGCGCGCACUUUACAUGAACGCUUGUUGGAACGGUCGUCGGAGUUUUUGUGGCCCUCUUUUGGCAUUUUCUUGUGUCGUCGUACGUUAACAAAAAGAGUUUACUUGCAAAAUAGUGAGUUUUGUUGGUUAUCAAAUUGUGAAAAUCAGCAGACGCUUGAUAUUUCGGGCCAAUUGCAAUAAGGCAUACAUAUGAAGAUGCUUACUUCCAUUAGUCUGUGAGAUGGCGAAAAUCAAUAACAAAGCAAACUGCGAAUAAGGUCAAAAUAAAGCACGCAAAAGCGCUUCAAUUCUGGGUAUUAUUAUUCUGCUCUAAACAGUUUUAUAAAGCGCUGCGUGUCACUGUGUGUGUGAGUGUGAGCCCGCGGGUGUGUCAGUGUGUGUGUGUGUAAACAGAAUAAACGCGCGUGAUUCAUACCUUUAAUACACGGCGACGGCAGACAGGAAAAGUCGUUGGCCAGACAGAGACAGCGAGAGACAAGAGAGUUGUCCGUCCAUUGAACCGCCGACUGCGACUGCAGCAGUGGCAGCAGCAGCAACGCAAUUGCUUCCUGGCAAAACGGCAACAACAACAACACCAACGACAACAUGGACAAAACAAUCUGUGCAAUAGUGGAAUACGAGUAUGCAGCUAAGGAGCCAGAUGAGCUGGAUCUACAGAAGGGUGCCAUCAUACAUCGCAUCAAGCAGAUGCCCGGCGGUUGGUGGCAGGGCACUCUCAAGGCCAACGGCGUUACGGGCAUGUUUCCAGAUAAUUUUGUGCGCGUCUUGGAGCCGAGCAGCAAUGGCAACCACAGCGAUGACAGUGCGGCGGUGCAGCUCAGGGAGAAAUCAGCGACAUCGAAUCGCCGCUGUAAAGUCAUCUACAGUUACACACAAGUCAACGACGACGAACUGACGCUGGCCGUGGGUGAUGUCAUUGAAUUCCUAGGGGAGGUCGAGGAAGGCUGGUGGCGCGGACGUUUGCGCAGCAAAGUUGGCGUUUUUCCUUCAAAUUUUGUGCAACAUAUCGAACCGUCACCGAUAUUGGCCUCCAAACGGCCGCCAACGAUUGGUGCAACGGUCACGACGUCAGCGCUGACAGCCAAGGCGUCCAAUAUUGCAACAGCAACAACGCCAGCAGCGGCGGCAACCACAACAACAACAGCAGCAACAGCUGCUCCUGCGGCAGCAGCAACAACAACGAAACAGCAAACUAAAAGUAGAGUCACGGCAUCAACAGUGGAUGCAACAACAGCAGCAGCAGCAGCGGCGGCGGCUGCGGCAGCUGCCACAGCUGCGGUGCCAACGUUACCACCGAAGCCGCAACGCGACUAUUGCCGCGUCGAGUUUCCCUAUGCGCCGCAGAACGAUGAUGAGCUCGAGCUCAAAGUGGACGACAUCAUCAGUGUCAUCAGCAUGGAGCUGCCCGAUAAGGGCUGGUGGAAGGGUGAACUUCGUGGCAAAGUGGGCGUGUUUCCCGACAACUUUGUCAAGCUGCUUGCGCCCUCCGAUGCGCCUCUGCCACCGCCGCCACGUCCCCGGCCACGAUCACGCUAUGGCAUUGGGGGACCGCAACGCGGCGGCUCUUUCGAGUUCUUGGGCGCUCGUAUGGCCAGCUUUAUCACCACGAUUUUCGCGCCCAUUAACGAACCAGCCGCAGUAACCACGCAGCAGCAGUCACAGCGCAAGAUCAGCAACACGAGCCACAUGACCACAACGAAUGCCAACAACAGCAGCAGCAGCAGCUCGACCACCACGACGGUGACGCAGCAGCAGCAGCAACAACAAAGCAGUGCUUCAACCACAUCGAAGGUUUACAUCAAGAAGACGAGCAACAACAGCAGCAGCUCGUCGACAUCGGCGGGACGCAAAGAGAGUUUCGGAUCGCGCGAUUCCCUCAAUGAUAUACUCAGCGAAACGGGAUUGCCCAUCGGCACUGUGGCCGCCCAGCGUAAAUCGUUGGAGAACAAGAACCUGGAUCUAAGCAAACUGCCCGGCAACAAGCAAAGCAGCAACACAACCUCAACAGCAACAACAAUAACAACAGCAACAUCAGCAACAACUAACAAUACUUCAACGUAUGCAGAACUGCGCAAGAGCCUGGACAAUAUGGAUGAAAAGAUCAAGUCACCGCCACCGCCGGUGCUUGGCAAAAAGCCCAGUGUGCCGCUUAAGAAAACGCCCACGGGCAAUGUCACAGGUCACAUUCUGAGCGGUGGCAUUAAGAAAAAGAGCGGAGCGGACAGCAAACUAACCAGCGCCAUGUCGCAUGAUGUUUCCGAUGGUUUGGCUGGCAGUAAAUUGAUUGGAGGACAAUUGCCGGAUGCUGGAGUUGCAGGCAAUGUGGUGAUGCGACGUGCUGCAACAAUUGCUGUGGAGGACACGGACUUUGAUCGCGUGGAACGCGGUUCGAUACUGCAGGAUAUGCGUGCUGGUCGCGUCAAGGCGCCUAAACGUCGUCCGCCCUCGGCGGCAAUCAAUGUGCUCGGCGAGAGCAACAACAAUUCGGUGUAUGUCAAUGGCAGCGGCAUGGCGAGCAGUGCCAGUGAGCUGAGCGAAGAUGGUGGCCAAGGCAAGCAGGCGACUGCUUCCUCGGAUGACAAUUCAACGGGCGAGGAGCCGCAGUUGGUGAAGCCCAAGCCAAGGGAUUGGGAGAAGCAAAAGGCGCCGUGGAUGGAGGAGUUGAAGGCUUCGCAAGUGGGACGCAAGAAGACCUCACCGAAUGUGGAGCCACGUGGUGGCGCUGUCUCUGUGGCUGAGCGCACUUCCAAGCUGUUUGCCAGCGAACAGGUGACGGCGACAUCCAGUGUGUUUACCACCAGCGCCACCAGCAGCACCACUAACAACACCACAACUAGCAGCAACAGUAGCAGCAGCACGAGCAAUGCGACAACAGCAACACGUGUGCAAUCGAGUGCGGUGACCUCUUCGAGCAUUAUGCAACAGUCGAUGAUUGUGGAGAGCAGCAGCAGCAGCAGCAGCCAAAGGAAAGAGUCCAACAGCAGCAGCAGCAGCAGUCAAAUCAUCAGCACCAGCAACAGCAAUCACAACGAUGCCAUCAUGUCAAAGAGUAUGUCAGCAGCCAAGCUGACAAACCCAACAGCAGCAGCAGCUCCAACACCAGCUUCGGCAGCUGCCAGCAGCGAUGAGGAGUCACGUGUGGUGCGACCAAACAGUCUGUCGAUACGCAAUCGCAGCGUUUCGCCGCUCGUGAAGACCACGAACGAGAAGAGCAACAAUCUGAGUGCUCACGAUGGUUCAACUCAAAUGCAAAACAAUCAUCAUCAGGCAGCAGGAGCAGCAGGAGCAGGAGCAGAGUCAACGCCACGAGUGCAACAGCUCGAGGGUCGUGUGGACAAGUUGGAGGCGAUGGUGCUGACGCAACAGCGCACGAUCGAGGAGCUUGUGCGAACGCUGCGCGAGGAGACGGAGCGUGUGAAGGUGCUGCGAGGCGAACUGGAUAAAUAUGCGCAGUGCGUGACGCAAGUUUGAAGCAACAACAACAACAACUAACAAC